GCGCCGCGGUCAUGCCCGGCUCCCCGUCGGCGCCGCCCGGGCCGGACCCGGAGGAGCACUACGAUUUCCUCUUCAAGCUGGUGCUGAUCGGCGACGCCAGCGUGGGCAAGACGUGCCUGGUGCAGCGCUUCAAGACCGGGGCCUUCUCUGAGCGCCAGGGCAACACCAUCGGCGUGGACUUCACCAUGAAGAGCCUGGAGAUCCAGGGCAAGCGGGUCAAGUUACAGAUCUGGGACACAGCUGGUCAAGAAAGGUUUCGGACCAUAACCCAGAGUUACUACCGAAGCGCCAAUGGAGCUAUUCUAGCCUAUGACAUUAGCAAGAGAGGCUCUUUCCAGUCCAUUCCUCGCUGGAUCGAGGAUGUGAGGAAGUAUGCAGGCUCCAACAUAGUACAGUUGCUAAUCGGAAACAAGUCUGACCUAAGUGACCUUCGGGAGGUUCAACUAGAGGAGGCUCAGAAUCUGGCCGAACGCUAUGAUAUCAUCUGUGCCAUAGAAACUUCUGCAAAGGACUCCAGCAACGUGGAGGAAGCUUUUGUGAAGAUGGCAACAGAGCUAAUGAUGAGACAUGGAGGCCCUAUGUUCAGUGAGCAAAACACAGACAGCAUCAAACUUGACAGCAAGGAUGUAGUAGAAGGGUGGGGGUGUGGCUGCUGAUAAUACAAUUUCUAAUUGUUACUGGAAUUUAGAAGAUACCUUCCCUUCUUUCUCCUUCACUCUGGGUCUCUUCUACACAUAGGACACUUUGCACAAGCCUAGUGUUUUUGUAUGUUAAGACAUUAACAUUUGCAGCAUGUUUUUAAAAAUAUGAAGGAACUUUCUUGUAUAGAUCUGAAAGUAUAUGGCAGUCAUUCUGUAGCAAUUUCUACUAGAUUUUUUUUAGAGGAAUUAGUGCAAUUUGGCAGUAAGUUGCACAGAAUGAAGCUACUAAAUAUCUUCAUAUGAAAUGGUCUGAGUGCAAAACUGCUAUUUUACUAUUUUACACCUCCAUAAGGGACCUUAUCAACUUGGGCAACAUUUAAUGCUUCUGUGGCAGCAAGUUUUCAGACUGCCUCUUUAAGCUCUCCACAUUCCAGAAAAAAGAAUUAAAAAUUACACAUAAUGACGCAAAACUUUGUAGGGAUGUUUCAAGUAUGAAAUAUUAGAUUUUCUGCAUAGGGUAAAGCAGCUGAUGAUCAUUUAAAAUGAAGAACCUCCUAAAUUAUGAAAUGAUGUUUUCCUGGAUACCGAUGUCGCUGGUGCAAGCCAUGCAAAACAAAUACUUUUCUCUCUUGUUUUUUUCAGAUAGAGAAAGCAGUAAGUGCAGGACUGAGCAUGUCUGUAAUACAUAGGGGUUUUGUUUUGUUUUUGCUUUGUUUCAUAUUCACCUCAAAAGACUUGAUCCUGAAUACAUUUCACUGGAUGGUAGGUCCACAGGUUUCAGUGGAACUUUCUUGGAAGUAAAUGCCUUUGAAAAUGUAUAGGGCUUACUUUAAAUAGGCUGAAAAUUAUAAGUUAAGAUAGAUUUAAUAGUUUAUUUUGCACAGGCGUUACAGUCUCCUUGGUUAAUACUGUAUAUUAGGGUUUUUCAACCGUGGCAACUUCAAGAUGUGUGGACUUCGACUCCCAGAAUCCCCCAGGAGUCAAAGU